CUUAACUCGAAAGCUCCCAAGUUUAACUUUCUUUUUGUCCUCUUCCCCAUAUCUCUUGUCCAGUAAUCUGAUCAGAUCGAUCCCAAACUGUAACUGGUGAGAGACAGGAACAAGAAAGAAGAAGAAGAUAUGGGUUGUGCUCAAUCCAAGAUCGAGAACGAAGAAGCCGUUACUCGUUGCAAAGAGCGUAAACAGUUCAUGAAAGACGCCGUCGUCGCUCGUAACGCCUUCGCCGCCGCGCACUCCGCCUACGCCAUGGCCCUCAAGAACACCGGAGCCGCUCUCUCCGAUUACGCUCACGGCGAGUUUCUCGUCUCCAACCACUCUUCCUCCUCCGUCUCCGCCGCAGCUUCCUCCCUUCCCGCCGCCGUAUCUCCUCCGCCGCCUUCUUCCGCCGCCGUGAUCUCUCACUCCGUCGCGUCCUCCUCCUCCGCCGCCGAGAUCCCUCAGCCUAUGCCGGAUACUCUCCCGCCGCCUCCUCCUCCGCCGCCGCUCCCUCUCCAGCGCGCUGCCACCAUGCCGGAGAUGAACGGUAGAUCCGGUGGUCCGCCGGGGAGUGGACUCAACGGGACUAUAAUUGAGGAGGACGACGACGACGGAGAUGAUGACUCCGAGGUGGAGGAGAAUCGUGACCGGUUGGUUAGGAAGUCGAAGAGCCGUGGCGGUAGCAGUAGAGGUAGGCCGAUGAUGGAUGAUCACCACCACCGUCAAGAAGCGCCUCCUCCUCCUCUUCCGCAAUCCAUGGCGGCGAAUCAGAGAACGAUUCCACCGCCACGUCAGCAUCAGCAACAAGAGCAUUUGGUGUAUGAUUACUUCUUUGCUAGUGAGAACAUACCUGGAACCACUCUAGAGGACACUCCUCCUCCUCCUCCUCAGUCACAGGCCAAGCCUGCUCCUCCUCAGCCAGCUUCACCGUCCACGGAGGAUGAUGAUGAAGUUGAUGAUGAGGAGGAUGAGGAGGAGGAGGAGGAGGAGGAGGAUGAGCCGGUGGUUGAACGGAAACCGCCGGUGGUUGAGGAAAGGCCGAAGAGAGUUGAGGAACCAAGUGUGGAGCUUGAGAAAGUUGCUAAUUUUAGAGGGAUGAAGAAGCCUAUGGGCGGAGAGAGGAGGGGAGGGAGGUUUCCGGGGACGGUGGCGACUAACUUGGGGAAUGUGUUCAAUGAGGUUGAUGAUAAUUUCUUGAAAGCUUCUGAAAGUGCUCAUGAGGUUUCCAAGAUGCUUGAAGCCACUAGGCUCCAUUACCACUCUAAUUUUGCUGAUAAUAGAGGGCAUAUUGAUCACUCUGCUAGAGUGAUGCGUGUUAUUACAUGGAACAGGUCGUUUAGAGGAUUACCAAAUGCUGAUGUUGGGAAAGAUGAUUUUGAUUUGGAAGAGAAUGAAACUCAUGCUACUGUUCUUGACAAGUUGUUAGCAUGGGAGAAGAAGCUCUACGACGAAGUCAAGGCUGGUGAACUCAUGAAAAUCGAGUACCAAAGAAAGGUUGCUCAUCUAAACCGGGUAAAGAAGCGAGGUGGCCACUCAGAUUCACUAGAGAGAGCCAAAGCAGCAGUUAGUCAGCUGCAUACAAGAUACAUAGUCGACAUGCAAUCCAUGGACUCAACAGUCUCAGAGAUCAACCGUCUCCGAGACGAACAACUCUACGUCAAGCUUCUUCACCUCGUCGAGGCGAUGGGGAAGAUGUGGGAGAUGAUGCAAAUGCAUCACCAAAGACAAGCCGAGAUCUCCAAAAUUUUGAAAUCACUAGACGUCUCACAAGCCGUGAAAGAAACAAACGAUCAUCACCACGAACGAACCAUCCAGCUCUUGGCCGUGGUUCAAGAAUGGCACACACAGUUUUGCAGGAUGAUAGACAAUCAAAAGGUGUACAUAAAAUCACUCGGCGGGUGGCUGAAGCUGAAUCUCAUCCCUAUAGAAAGCACACUCAAGGAGAAAGUAUCAUCACCUCCACGUGUUCCAAACCCCGCGAUACAGAAGCUUCUCCACGUUUGGUACGACCGUUUAGACAAGAUCCCUGACGAGAUGGCGAGGACGGCGAUAAUCAACUUCGCGGCGGUUGUGAGCACGAUAAUGCAGCAGCAAGAGGAGGAGAUGAAGCUGAGAGACAGAUGUGAAGAGACGAGGAAAGAGUUGGGGAGGAAGAUCAGACAGUUUGAGGAUUGGUACCAUAAGUAUAUGCAGAAGAGAGGGCCUGAGGAUGUGAAUGCUGAUGGGUCUGAAGCUGAUAAUGAGCAUAAAGAUGAGGUUGUUGUGAGGCAGUUUAAUGUUGAACAGAUCAAGAAGAGGUUGGAGGAAGAGGAAGAGGCUUAUCAAAGACAAAGCCAUCAAGUUAGAGAGAAGUCAUUGGCUAGUCUUAGAACUCGUCUUCCUGAGCUGUUUCAGGCAAUGUCUGAGGUUGCGUAUUCGUGUUCGGAUAUGUAUAGAGCGGUUGCGUAUGUGACUCAGAGGCAAAGCCAAAGUGAACGGCAUCAGAAACCACCAAGCCAGAGCCAGGGACAAACGUCCGUAAAAACCGAUGUAAGAGCUGAGUGAUGUCUUUCUUUUUCUUUGGUCUGAAUUUUUUCAGCACACACAAAUAUAGCUUAUAGCAUAUAGUUAUCAUUGUUUUCUUUUAUAUUAUGUUUUGGGUUUUUAUAAGGUUUGUUACGUCAUGAGUUAUAUAUAGACUUGAUUUUUAAGGAAUUGUUUGCGAGUAAUAAGAGUCUUUGUGAGAUAGUGUUGCAGUUGUAAUUGUGUACAGUGAUAAAAUCUUUGUAAUGAGUAUUUGUAAACUUAUU